AGAAAUUUUGAUAGACCUAUUUGCCUUUUUGAAGAAAAUGAAAAUUGCACUGUUUCAGAUAGAAAUCACAUUUUGUAAAUAGGUUUCAUAUGGCUAUGUCUCCAGCACACUAUCUGGCUUAAAUUGCAUCUAGAGCAACGCUAAGAAGAUCUUGAGUAUGCAUCUCGUUAUUAUCCUGAAGCGAUGCCUUUUAUUUACCAGUUACAAAAGCUGCCAAGAAGGGCAAAAAUCUCCUUACAAGAAUGGACGCUAUAGUUGGACCGCUAGCAUUCCUGAAGAAGUGCAGAGAAGAAAGAACAAGGAUUAAGGUGUAUACGAGAGAUGAGAGGUCUGUCAGGGGUUUCUGUAUGGCUUACUUGCUGGCAUUUGAUAAACAUUGGAACUUACUGUUGGAGGAAGUUGAGGAACACUGGACAAGGAAAAGACUAAAAAAGGUGCCGGCCUUAGAUACAGUUGAGCUAUCUAAAAAGCCCAAAACUAAAAUUAGGCCACCCGACAUAAGAGUCGCACAACAUGAGACCGAUAAAAAGUUGGAGAACUGUUCAAGAGAAGUAUGUCAACUCAUGAUGAGAGGUGAACAUGUUGUUUUUAUUACUAUAGCAUAAAACUCAGGAAACGAAGAAGAUGACUUAGAAAUAUGAGAUUCUGAAAACCUAUGUUGAUGUUGAUAUGAGGAAGACAGAGAGUGACCGUCAGAUAGAGACAAUACGUUCUAAGAGCCAUAGGUCAGCACUGCGUUUUUACGAAUAAUUAAUAACAUAACAAAUAUUUUCAUCUGCUAUAUAACAUACGUUACUAUCGCAAUAAAGAAUUUUGGAUCAUAUUUACUUACUACUACUACUACUACUACUACUACUACUACUACUCGCUAAGUGUAGUAGCAAAAUUGGAGUUAAUCAUCGAUAUUUCAUCCAAAAGUAGUUAGCCGUCUGGUAUCAACAUGCAACUGCAGAUUUCGGUUUCGGAUAUUUAUCCAUUUUGUGUAUUUACAGUAUUUGAAUAAUGGAAGUUUUCCAAGCGUCUGGGAAAUAUCUGGAUUUUGACGACCAAUGCUUUUCUGAAAAAGUGAUGGAUGGUCUUUACUAACACUAGUUUCAACUUUUAGUAUAGAGUUACAGAAUGAAAUAUAUUUUUGUAUAUUCUAAAAUACAAUCAUUUUUUGGCUGA